UUAAUAAUAAGAAAAUACGUCACAACAGUCUUUACACAGUGACGUCAUGUUUCAGGACUCCUCCUGUCCAACAUCACAUAAAGAUAGAAACAUUUUAACAGGUGAGUCCUGGUGGGGGCGUGUCUUGUAGGGGGCGUGUCUUGUAGGGGGCGUUUGUUCUUUGUGUCUCGAGUCAAAACAGGAAGAGCAGAGGGCGGGCGGUGAUUGGCUGAGAGGACCGGCAGCAGGCUCCUCGGCCCCGCCCCCUUCACGGUGACGAAUCUUUUGAGGAAAAAAGUUCAAAACAACGGAACAAACAAGAACACCACAGAAGAAGAACCGACAACAUUCGGAGCUUCAUCACGGAGCCGUCUGUGACUCCGGGCCGGCCUGGGAGCGUCUGUCCGCGGGGACACAGCGUGAGGCAGCCCGGGUUGUGAGCAGCAUCAUGGCCGCUGUCACCGUCAUCACGGAUCCAGCCGCGGUGUCGCAGCGCGGCGGCCGAGUCGCGGCUCCGGGACGCGGCGGCAGAUCGGCGGAGACCUGGAAGAGACACAUCAUGGGUCAGCUGAAGAGCCGAGACCUGAGCCAGCACGACAAGUUCCAGGACCUGAUCCGCUUCUACACGCAGCUGUUGGAGAAAACCAGUCUGGCCAAAGGAAUGCUGAGCUGCUCCGUCAGAUGUCCCUCCCCUGGUAGCAGCUCCAUCUCCGCUCUGCUUCACCAGAACAACCAGCUGAAGAAGACGACAGGAGAGCUGGCCUAUCAGGUGGUGGAGCUGCAGCAGCAGAUUAAAAUCAAAGAAUGUGUUCUGCAGCAGCAACAUGCCAGGUGAGUCACCGUGGAUCCUCGCAGCUGAUUGGUCCAAACUAAGCAGGUGAACGUGUGAAGUGUUCCUUUUACUCGGCUCCACAUCAGACUCUGACGGAACAGAUUUCAUUCAUGGAAAAUUACCCUAAAAUAUUCCAGCUCUUCUCAGUGACAGUCGCACACAGAGUUUGAAGCCAAAGUUCACAG